UCCAACCCAACUUACCCAACUGUGCAGUAGGUGGCAGUAGGUAUCGAAAUAAACGAUAUUGUUUAUUCUUUGUGACUUAAAGAAUAAACAAAAUGAAUAUCGUUAGUAGACAAUGCAUUAGAAUUUUUAGAAACGAUUUAACGCAACAGAAUCAAUGUUUCAUUUUUGGAAGAGCUCUAGCUUAUAAAAGUGCUAUCUCGCUUGAUAAAUUGUAUCCGACAAGUAACCUCAAACUUUAUACACCAACCUUUGUUCCUGAAGACCCAAAUGCGAAAUUUAAUGGUUAUAUACCGUUAGAACAAAUUGAUAUAACAUAUUCCCGUAGUAGUGGUCCUGGAGGCCAACACGUGAAUCGUACCAAUACUAAAGUAGAUAUAAGGUUUCAUUUAAAAAGCGCUAAAUGGUUAUCAGAAGAAAUUAAAGAAAAAUUGGCCGAAGAAUUGAAAAGCAAGCUAACUAGAGAAGGCUACUUAGUAAUAAAAUCAGAAUUAACAAGAUCGCAACAAUUAAAUCUAGCUGACGCUCUAGAGAAAUUAAGGACAAUGAUAAGAAAUACAACAAAACCACCGCCAGAGGUAUCUCCCGAGACUUUAGAAAUGAAACGGAAACAAAAGCUUAAAGCAGCAAGAGAAAGAGUUUUUAAAAAACGAAUGCAUUCUGAAAUUAAGAAUGCGAGAAACUCUCCUGUAGACUUUUAAUUUUCUUUGUACAGUUGUAAUUAUAUAUGUUCCAGAUAGAAUAAUUUACUGCUUAAAUAAAUAAAGUGUAAUAUAAAAUACGUAGUCGUAGGAUUUAUAUAAUAAAUAUCAUAAACUUUUGAGCCCCAACCCGAAUCCAAAAUAUCAGCAAACCCCUAAUUAUCUUAUUCAUCGAUCAACUAUAAAUAGU